UAUUCAUUUGGUUUGUCGACUUCGACCCCACUGCACAGUAACUGUGUAGAGAAAAUGAAAUACAAACGAGGUGACAGUCCAGAGAUACUGGUCGAAGAGAAUAAAAUGGUCAACGAAAUGGAUCCAUCAACUAUGACGGGGAAUGAAAUAGUAAUAACGGGAAUAGCGGGAAGGUUUCCAAACAGUGAAAAUGUUAACAUUUUGCAAAAGAAUCUCUUAGAUAUGGUAGAUUGUGUCACAGAUGAACCAAGGUGGGAUUGCAAUAAUCCGAACAUUCCAUCUCGAACUGGAAAGCUGAAAGAAGUGACAAAGUUUGAUCGAGUAUUUUUCGGAGUUCAUCCGAAACUUGCGAAUGCUAUGAUUCCGGAAAUGAGAAUAAUAACUGAGUGUGGAUACGAAGCAGUCGCAGAUGCUGGAAUUAAUCCUCGACACCUGAAGGGCAGCAGAACUUCGGUUUAUACUGCAACAACUUUUGCGGAAUCGGAAAAAGCACUUUUUUAUGAGAAAUUUGAGCAAAACUGUAUUAUGGGCACCAGUCGUUCGAUGCUUGCAAAUCGAAUUUCUUUUUACUUGGGUCUAGUGGGUCAGAGUAUUAAUAUUGAUGCCAGUUGUUGCGGAAGUGUAACUGCGUUGGAACAAGCAUAUCUUGACAUGAAACAUGGUCGAUCUCACAGUGCCAUUGUUGGCGGUGUCAGUUUAGCUCUGCAUCCAUAUUUAUCACUACAUAUGUCAUUAUUAGGACUAUUGUCACCAGAGGGAAAAACUAAAUCCUUUGACGAUGGAGCAGAUGGAUUUGCACGUAGUGAAAGUGUCGUUGUUUUAUUUUUACAAAAAGCUCGAGAUGCAAAGCGAAUUUAUGCUGAAGUGAAAAAUGUUCUCUCCUUAGCUGGACCAACAGAUGAUCAGCUUCCUGCGUUUUAUCCGACAAGUGAAUUUCAGGCAGAUGUUAUGAAAAAAACAUUGAAGGGAGCCGGACUUACUGGAAAAGAUAUUGAUUUUGUUGAAGCGGAUGGAUUAGGAAUUGUGGAAACAGAUGCCCAGGAAGUGAAGGCCAUUGAUCUUGUUUUUAAUGAAGGACGAAAUUCGCCACUACUUAUUGGUUCGGUCAGGUCGAAUAUUGGCUCUUGCUCCAAUGCUAAUUCACUUAAUUCGAUUGUUAAGGUUAUCACUGCCAUGGAUAAAGGAAUAAUUCCUCCUAACCUUCAUUAUAAAAAUCCAUCUAGAAAAAUACCUCCUCUUACAGAAGGUCGAGUAAAGGUCGUAAAUGAAAAAGUUCCAUGGAAGGGAAAAUAUGCAGUAAUUAAUACACUAGCAAUAACAGGUGUUGCUGCUAACAUAAUUUUAAAAUCAUAUAAAAAACAAAAGAAAAAUGGUGGCGAACCAAGUGAUGAUUUGCCAAGAUUAGUAGUUGCUUCCGGAUCUACUGAAGAGUCUGUUGCUUUUAUCCUGGACGAAGUAGAAAGUAAACCUGUGGAUGUUGAGAUGCUACAACUUUUAUAUAAUGUUUUUGAAAGUGAGAACAUUGGACAUUUAUAUCGUGGAUACUCACUAUUACCACCUCGAGGUUUAUUAAAAACCAAAAAUCGUCAAAUUGAGUACAACUCAGGCAGUCAGAAGCAAGUUUGGUUUAUUUUCUCUGGAAUGGGUUCACAGUGGGUCGGAAUGGGAGAAGCUCUUUUGAGGAUACCAAUUUUUGCUGCAGCAAUAAGAAAAUGUGAUGCUGUGUUAAAACCUCGAGGAGUUGAUAUAUUUCGUAUACUAACGGAAAAGGAUCCAAAAAUGUUUGAUUACAUAAUUAACGCCUUUGUUGGCAUCACGGCUGUACAAAUUGGCUUGACCGAUAUCCUGACAUCGAUCGGAAUUAAACCAGAUUACAUAAUCGGUCACUCACUUGGAGAAUUAGGAUGCGGUUAUGCUGAUGGUUGCAUCACCGCACAGCAAAUGGUCCUUUGUGCUCUGGUUCGAGGUUUGGCUUCAGUGGAAGCAAAUAUGAUAAAAGGUUCUAUGGCUGCGGUUGGUCUUGGCUAUGAAGAUAUUCAACUACUUUGUCCUCCUGAUAUCGAUGUUGCUUGCCAUAAUAGUGCAGAGAGUACCACAAUUAGUGGUCCUGCAGAAUCUAUGAAAAAAUUCGUAGAAAAACUCACGAAUAGCGGAAUAUUUGCAAGGGAAGUUGCAUGCGGAAAUAUUGCUUACCACAGUCGUUAUAUGCAACCAGUUCGAGAUUUGGUUUUGGGGUACUUUAAUAAAGAAAUACCCAAUCCAAAACCGAGAACUGAUCGUUGGUUGAGUACUUCUGUUCCCAGGAAUGAAUGGGGAACACCCAAGGCUCGAUUGUGUUCAGGAUCGUAUCACAUGAACAAUCAAUUAAGUCCUGUCCUUUUUGCUGAAACUGUGAAGGCCAUUCCUUCUGAUGCAAUUGCUAUUGAAAUUGCUCCUCAUGGACUUAUGCAGGCCAUUUUUCGAAAGUCAUUGCCACAGGGUGUUGUUAAUGUACCUUUGACUAAAAGAGGACAUCCUGACAAUGUUGAAUUCUUGAUGGCUGCUCUUGGAAAGUUAUACAGUGCUGGACUCAAUCCACAAAUUUCGAAACUCUAUCCAAGUAUUGAAUAUCCUGUAUCAUCUGGUACACCUUCGAUAUCUUCUUUGAUACAAUGGGAUCACUCAAACGAUUGGUACACAAGUUUCUACGAAAAACCACAAGAACAGAAGCAAGCUGAAAUGAAAUUCCCUAUCAAAUUAGAAAAUGAGGUUUGGGAAUUCUUGAAGGGAAACAAAAUCGAUGAUAAAAUUGUUCUACCUUCUGCUUUAUACCUAAAACUUGCAUGGACAGUUCUGGAAGAAUUAAGUGAAGAAAAGGGUAUGUCAAUCGUUUUUGAAAAUGUACAGAUUUGUAAACAUCAGGUGGUCAUUCCAGAAAAUGAAGAAAUUGUUCUAGUAGUGAUGGUUCAGAAAGGAACCGGAAUAUUUGAAGUUACAAAUAAUAACAUUUUAUUAUGUUCGGGUGUUGUUCGAAGUACUGAGAAACCUGCUGAUGAGAGUAUAAAAUAUAUCAAAUCUGAAAAAAACGCGGAGGAACUAGAUGGAAAUUCUAUCUACACAGAAUUACAAAUGCGAGGUUUUCAAUAUUCCGAAUCAUUUAGAAGCAUCAUCAAGUCAUCUAAAAGUGCAUCAAAUGGAACUCUCAUCUGGAAACAAAAUUGGAUAACAUUCUUAGAAGGAAUGAUUCAAAUGAGUAUUCUUGGCAAUGACAUUCGGAAAAUACAAUUGCCAAUAAAGAUUAAAAAAAUUGUUAUUGAUAAGAAACAUCAGGACAAACUGAAGAGAUUAGAAGAAAUUCCAAUAGAGAUUAAUCAACAAUUGAAUGUCAUAACUGCUGGCGGAGUUGAAAUGCAAGGGAUAUCUUUAAAAUCAAUCUUACAAGAUUCAUCUACAGGAGAAGUGAUUAUCGAAGGAAUUCAGAAACCAGAAAAAGCAUUAUUAAAUUCCUGGAAUUUUACAAAAAUAAAACAAAAUCUUUCUGUUGUUCAAAAUUGGAAAGCAAACCAGAUUCGAGUGUCUGAUCCAAAUUCAAUAACUUGGGUAGAAGGGCAUCCAUGCAAUGACCUUGAAAUAGAAAAAACAGUCAAAGUUGAAUACGCUGCAGUAAAUUCAUCAGAUUUGCUUUUAGCUACAGGAGAAUUAGUAUCUGAAGAAACUGGAAGAGACCGAUUAAAUCCAAAAACUUUUGGGCUUGAAUACGCUGGAAUUAGUUCAAAAGGAACUCGAAUAAUGGGACUUUCUUCAAGUGGUACCCUGUCUAACGUAAUUAGAAGCGAUUCGAUUUAUACUUGGACAAUUCCAAAAAGUUGGUCUUUGAGAGAUGCAUCAACAGUUCCUUUGGCAUAUACAGUUGUUUACAAUGCCCUUUACUUGAAGGGAAAAAUUAAAAAAGGAGGAUCAGUACUAAUUUACGAUGGCAUCAGUGGAUUUGGGCAGGCAGCUAUUAAUUUGGCUACUCAUGAGGAAUGUGAAAUCACCAUCACUUAUAAUAAUAACGAAGAUAAAAAAUUGCUUCAAAACCUUUAUCCAUUUAUUCCACAAAAUCGUCUAUGUUGUUCAACGGAUGCAUUUGCAGAUCACAUUUUAGCGAAAACAAAAGGAGAAGGAGUUGAUAUAAUUAUUUACAAUGGAAGUGAUCUCAGGAAUAUAGAAACUUGCUUCAUUUGUGCGAAAGCAAAUGCCAGAGUAAUUGUGAUUGGAGAUCUUCAAGGAGCAUUCAGUGAAUCUGUGGGCAUGGAAAUUUUUUUGAAGGAAGUUAGUCUUUAUUCGGUGGUUCCAAGGAGAGUUGUUGAAGCAGAUUUGUGCACUAAAGAAAUUUUGGCUAAAAUGGUGGAAGAUGGGUUGAAAUCAGGAGUUGUCAAACCCUUGUAUGGACAUUUGUAUGAUAGAGAGAGAUUAAGCAUGGCCUUUGCUGAUAGUCUAGUGAAUAAAGUUUAUGGAAAAAUUAUAGUGAAAGUACAACCAAAAGAAUCGAAGAACCAAGUAUUAGCAGUAUCCCAAUUUUUAUGUUCGAAAAAAGGAUCUUAUAUAAUAAUUGAAGGUACCAGCAACUUUGGUCUUGAAUUAAUCGACUUUUUAAUUUCUCGAGGGGCAAGAAAUAUAAUUAUAGCCUCCAGCAAAAAGAAUGAAAGAAGAUUUUGUGAUUAUCGUCUAGAUUUAUUACGUGGAUAUGGAGUAAAUCUAAUUUUUCGAGAUAAUUUGGAUCUUUCAGAACAACAAAAUGCACAAAUUCUUUUAAAAGAAGCUUCUUUACUUGGUCCAAUUGACGUUAUUUUUGAUCUUCAACGUAUGAAUAAUUUAUCUCAAAGAUCCUCGUGCUCUAAAGAUUUAUUCACCAAAUUUCUGGAGGAACAUACCACAAAAUACUGCCCCAAUUUACGAAAAUUUGUCAUCUGCUUUACUGUAAGAAAUAUAAAGGAAAACUUAAAUGACCUCUUGCUACAGGAAAGCGAAAUGGUGAAAUUUUGCGAGAGAAAAUCGGAAUCUCGUAUUUUGGUUUUAUGGGGUCCCAUGGCAGGAAUUGUUGACGUAAAAAGUUUAAAGGAUGAAAAAAUUGCGUUACUGACGAUUCCUAGGGCGUUGGAGCAUUUUGAUGAUGUAAUGGGAGCAAAAUUUUCUAUCGUUAGGGUGUUUUAUGAAUCUUUAAUAAAAGAGACUGUCCAGGAAGUACAUAAAAUCAUUAUUGUUGAAGAAAACGAGAAAAAAUUAUUCGAAAACUACAUCAACAAAGUUGACCCAUUAACAACUAGCAAAUUCAAGAGUUUGGAUGUUUAGAAUGAAUACAAAAUGAUGUAAGCCAUCAUUCUCAGAACCUUCAUCUCUUUCCUUCCCUGAGUGAUAUGUAUACACAUAUAUUUAUUUUGCGAAAUUUAUUUAUAUAAAGCUUUAAUAAAA